CCUGAAUAGAAAUGUAUGCGCUGAUUAUUUAUUGCGUGACAUGGUUCUCUCUACAGGAAUGGUAGCUGAUGGUCGCAUUACUUCAGACUGCAUCAUCAUCCCCCCCCCUCCUCUCCGGGCUACGCUGUAUGUGGCGGAAGCAACCUCCGUCCACUUUCUCCCUCUCUUUUAAAAUCUCGCGCCUUUCAAACUAACCAUAUCUAAUAAAUCUAUUGAAAACACCUCCAGACACCCGCAAAACCCACCAAAUCGGCUCACACAGCCCGCCAUGUCCUAUGACAACGCCGCCACCCGCGCUGGUUUCACCUCUUCAUUCGGCCGGUUCCGCACUACACGCGGAGGCAAUGAACGAGUAGAUAGUUUCUCUCUCCGAAAACUGUUUCUACCCAAGCUCAGCCGCGAAGGUCAAAAGAUCCUGCGAGACCGCACCGAUUUUGUCCGCAGCCAACUACAACACUAUGGAGUGCCUUUCGAGGAAGACCAACUAUCAGGAAACGGAACGCAGCUGAUGAAGAAAGUGCUGCAAGAAGGAAAGUGCGACAAUGUGCCCGUACACAUCCUGGCCCUGGAGGAGCAGCUGCAUCAGGAAUGGAUUGCUGCAAGUGAUAUCGAGGUGCUGUCUCCCAACCCUGAGUGGGUGAUAAAAAAGUUCUUCAUAAGAGCUGGGGAACCAGAUCCAUACCAGACUAGGACAAGCACUGUCGUCGGGAUUUCCUUUCCUCGAUAUAGCGAGUAUCGUCCAGGGCGCUUGCGUGAAGCUGCUGAUCAGACAAUAUUCUUGGGAUGGGAUAAGUCUACUGUUCGAGAAGCAGCUAAGGAACAUGCAAAUAAUGAAAUGACCGAGAUUCAGGCUCGGGAACAGAAGAGGGAAAAAGAACGCGCGAAAAUGCAUGCCGACUACCUUGCGGCUCUCGAACGGAUGAAGGGCGCUGCGGGAAGGAAUAAAUCGCCGGUCGGGAGUUAUAUCGUUGACUGUGAGGACAUUGAGGGUGGCUGGCCCAGUCUAGCGUGGGACAUGGUACUUGAGAUUUUGGACACACAACAAAAGGGGAAAUUUCACGCUACAUUCAAUUUUGGUGUAGUGAUAGGCGUUAUGGUCAUAUCUGAGGAGCAUAUCACUGAGACCGACGAAGAGGAGAUUGGCGACGAUCAUGAAAAAAUUGGAAAAGGAACUAAGAGAAAGAAAAUCGCCCGGAAACAGAGCAGGCCGUCGAAGAAAGCCAAAGGGGAGAGGACGAGCGAGCCCUACAUGUACCGGUUAAAGCUCAGAUGCUGUGAAACUGGUGAAGGUCAGAUCUUUUUCGAACCAGAGUACGGCACUAUCAAGUUUAGCGAUGAAAAUUUCGCCGCCUUCACUGCAGAGGCUGUGUUUCCCUGUGUUGGCUCUGGGAUAACUUUUACUGCACGGAAGGUGUCUGAUAAUCCAUGCCCAAGUGGUGAGGAAUGGGAGGACUAUUCAGAGGAAGCAUAUGAAUAUGCACGAGUUAGUAGAUGGCAUUGAACGUAGCCUUGUAGGAUCAGAAUGGAUGAAGAAUAUUAGUAUGUUUGGUACAUCCUCAUGUAUUUGUCUCAACGGGGGAGGUCAAAGAAAAGAAAAGUAAA